GUUCGUUUCCACCUGCUGCGAAGGGUCGUGGACAGGCAUGACCAUCAUCCCCCUGACAGCAUGUCAUUUCUCGCCAUCUGGAUAGCGCUAGUCCGCAACAGAGCCAUAUGGUACUGGAAGCGUAUCACCAGCCUCGUCAGGACGCCGCUGCAUUUGCUACUGUCGCCUCGGUACACCUACGAAUCCGUGCAGAAGGAGGAUGGCACGCAGAUCCGGCUCCUCCACCUCUCUCCGGGACUGGGGCCGCUCCGCAUGGCGCUCAAGCGGGUGCAGCUCCACGAUCCCCAGCAGGCUCGGUACGAGGCCAUCUCGUACGCGUGGGGCGACUCGACCCUCACCGAGAGCGUCUACUGCGACGACAGGCGCCUCAACAUCCCGGCCAGCCUGUACGUCGCGCUGCGCCAGCUGCGCCCUGCCGACCCGGGCGCGGCGCCGCGGGUGCUGUGGGCGGACGCGAUAUGCAUCAACCAGCGCGACACGGACGAGAAGAACCACCAGGUCGCGCUGAUGGACCAGAUCUAUGCCAAGCCGACAGGUGUGCUCAUCUGGCUGGGCGCGGACACCGAAGGGCUGGAGAAUGUGGCCUCUGCGAUUGAGCAGAUGCGCAGCCUCCUGCCUGCCGAGACGUAUGACGCCGAGGAGCUUGUCGAGAUAUCGCAGAACUACUACUCGGAAAUGGCGAACCUGCGGACGGAGGGCAAGAUCGAACAGCAUUUCCACACCAACGACUGGGCCACCAUCAACAAGCUACUCACCCGCCCAUGGUUUGAUCGCAAGUGGAUCAUCCAAGAGGUCCUCAUGGCUCCAGAGGAUGUGCCGCGGACCCUCAUCAGCGGUGACCUCGAGCUGCCGUGGGAGAGCCUCGCGUCGCUGGGUUACUCGAUGGCGGCGUACGGGAUGACUGUGUCAGCAUCGGGGAUGUCAUGCCUCUAUGGCUACCCACUCACGAUCGGCACAUUCUACGCCGACAACGCCCGCCCCCUGCGGUCGUUAUUCAACGCGCAGAUCAUCAAGGUGAUCAAGCGCUAUCUCGAGUCCGGCACGCUGCUCGACUGCAUCAUCGCAACGGGCCUGUUCGCCAGCACCGACCCGCGGGACCAGGUCUACGCGCUGCUGAGCCUGGGCUCGCACAACGCCUCCUUCAGGGCAGACUACCACCUCAAGCCGGCCCAGGUGUGCCUGCAGUUCGCCCGCUCCACGCUCGUCGAGGACCAGAACCUGAAGUGCCUCGGCAUCGCGCCGCACCGCAACGUCACGCUGCCCGGGGUCACGGUGCCGGACAAGCGGCUCCCGGGCCUGCCGUCCUGGGUCCCGGACCUGACCAUGCCCGUCCACGACGACCCCCUCGCGAGCUACAGCAUCCGCGCCCCGCUCUUCCGCGCCGGCGGCGACCCGCGCCAGCCUGUCCACGGGUACCGCGUCCGGGUCUCGGACGACGGCAAGGUGCUGCAUCUCCGAGGCCGGAUCGUGGCACGGAUCGACGACUUCGCCACGAGCCUGACUCGUAUGCCGUUCCCGACGGACGAGGACGUCGCGCCGAAGCAAGGGUUCGUGCAGCGCGUGAGGAUGAGAUACAGGAACUGGUUCUGGCAGUGCCAGGCGCUCGCGUUCCCGGUUCCCCCAGAGUCGCCAGACGGUCCUCCUCAAGACGCUUCAUCCUCUGUGCCGGCACCGCCAGCGCUUCAGCAGGACGCAGAAGAACAACCAAAACCGCCCACCUGGAUCCCCCUGACCCCAGCCCAGAGCCGCCAGCAAGCCCACUACCGCAGCCAGCCCCAGUCAGCCAAGCGCUCCUUCGCGCUGGCCCUGCUCUGCGGGAGCGUGGGGAUGCGCGACCCCGUGCCCCUGGCCGUGCUCGACACCUUCAUCGAGUACAUGGACUUCCUGACCGACCUGUUCACCGCGCCCAGCACGUACGUCUGGCGCACGGAGCAGCCGGAGCUGCGCGAGCGCCUGGUCAGGCAUGGCGGGCUGAUCGAGGCGGCGCUGAACGGGCUGAGCAUGGGGCGCAAGUUUUGCGUCGCCACGAUGAUGGUUCCCCCCGGCGGCGGCGGCGGCGGCGCUGAGGCCGGGGCUAGUGGGGAUGGGAAGUCGGAGGGGAACUUGUCGUUGUCGUUGACGUCUUCGUCUUCGUCGACGAAGACGUCGUCGUGGACGGGUGACGAAAGCAGAGAAGGCGGGCGGCAGGAGGGAGAGGAGGAGGAGGAGGUUGCCACGGCGGACAGCGCGAGAAGCGGGAUUAGGACGAGGACGAGUAUGAGGAAAUGGGGCAUGGUCCGGAUCGGCGCGGAGAAGGGCGACGUCGUUUGCGUCGUGUCGGGUGCCGAGGUGCCGUACGUCCUCAGGCCCGUGGCGGCAGUUGAUGAUACGGGCGAGCACAGAGAGUCCCGGAAACCGCAGAGGUACACGCUGGUUGGGGACAGCUACCUGGCGGACAUGAUGCACGGGGAGGUGCUCGAGGACAGUCGGUUCGAAGAGGUCGAGAUAGAUCUAGUGUAGGUACUCUAGCCUUCCCUCAAGUACGAUAAACCAUACGCAGCGGGCUGUGCACGAAAUCAGACAUGAUAGCGCUUGAGUUCACUAGGUCACGUCAUGCUUCACUGAGUAGCAUUACAGUCUGUUUCUUA